GGGCCAGAAGCCGGCGCGUUUACCGACGGCAAGGCCAGGAUAGGCGGAGGCACUCGAUUGAGGGAGCGGAGGGUUACGGAGCUCGCGCCCCCCCCACCUCCCCCUUUCAGGAGGGGUGGUGCGGCCGGGCUGCAGUCAGACUGAGGAGAAAGUUUUGAAGAAACUUCGGGAAAGUCUUGAGGGGAACGCGAUCUUGGGCUCGGAGUUUGUGCGUGCGUGUGUGUGUGUUUUUUUUUAAAAUAGAGUUUUUUUUUGUUGUUGUUUUUUUUUUAAAAAAAAGAAUUAAAGACGGAAUAAGCCAACCCCGUGCGGGAAAUGUCUUCGAUCCUGCCUUUCACUCCGCCGAUUGUCAAACGUCUCCUGGGCUGGAAGAAAGGAGAACAAAACGGCCAGGAGGAGAAAUGGUGUGAGAAAGCGGUUAAAAGUUUGGUGAAAAAGCUGAAGAAAACCGGCCAGUUGGACGAGUUGGAGAAAGCAAUUACCACGCAGAGUAUUAACACCAAAUGCAUAACCAUCCCCAGAGAGGAACACUACAAGCAUAUAUCUCCUAACUCAACUGCACCACAAUCUCAGUCCCUUGAUGGAAGGCUCCAAGUUUCCCAUCGGAAGGGUCUGCCCCAUGUCAUCUACUGUCGCCUUUGGCGUUGGCCAGAUCUCCACAGUCACCAUGAACUUCGAGCCAUGGAAAUGUGUGAGUUUGCCUUUCACAUGAAGAAGGAUGAGGUCUGUGUGAAUCCUUACCAUUACCAAAGAGUGGAAACACCAGUUUUACCUCCUGUUCUUGUGCCAAGGCACACAGAGGUGCCCUCUGAAUUCCCACCCUUGGAUGACUAUACACAUUCCAUCCCAGAAAACACAAACUUCCCAGCAGGUAUCGAACCACAGAGCAACUAUAUACCAGAGACACCACCUCCAGGUUACAUAAGUGAGGAUGGAGAAACUAGUGACCAUCAGAUGAACCAUAGCAUGGAUACAGGUUCUGCAGCUGAUUUAUCUCCAAACCCUUUGUCGCCCACGCACAGUAACUUGGACCUGCAGCCAGUCACCUACUGUGAGCCAGCUUUCUGGUGCUCCAUCGCUUACUAUGAACUGAACCAGCGAGUGGGAGAGACUUUCCACGCUUCACAGCCUUCUCUCACUGUCGACGGUUUUACUGACCCAUCAAACUCUGAACGCUUCUGCUUAGGGCUGCUGUCGAAUGUGAACAGGAAUGCAGCAGUGGAGCUGACAAGAAGGCACAUUGGCAGGGGAGUCAGGCUAUACUACAUUGGGGGAGAGGUCUUUGCUGAAUGCCUGAGUGACAGCGCCAUCUUUGUCCAGAGUCCGAAUUGCAACCAACGUUACGGGUGGCACCCUGCAACUGUUUGCAAGAUCCCGCCAGGAUGCAACCUCAAGAUCUUUAAUAACCAGGAGUUUGCAGCCUUGCUAGCUCAGUCAGUCAACCAGGGCUUUGAAGCAGUGUACCAGCUGACCAGGAUGUGCACGAUCCGAAUGAGCUUUGUCAAAGGCUGGGGAGCAGAAUACAGACGCCAGACAGUGACCAGUACUCCCUGCUGGAUUGAGCUUCACCUGAACGGACCUCUGCAGUGGCUGGACAAAGUCCUCACCCAAAUGGGAUCACCAGCCAUUCGAUGCUCAAGCAUGUCGUAAAAGGUUGGAUUUAUCUCAGGGAAGACACCUGCCAAAUCUUACCAGUCGAGCUAUAGCUUUUAAUUUAUAGAAAUGUAAUUCAUUAUCAUCAUCAUCAACAAAACAACAACAACAACUGGCUUCUUCUGCAGUGAUACCAGGUAUCAUCAUUGCCACUUCCCAUGAUAACUGUAAGCACUUUCUGUGGCAAUGUUGUUGGGAAAUAGUUACAAGGGAAAACCGCAUAAUGAUUGAGAAACAAAGGAAGAAAAACAUGAAUUUUUCAUUUGUUUUCUACUGGAGAAAAGACUUUCACCCUGCUACCAGAUGGCAAAUUUGUCAGUGGUUGUUUUGUGCCAACUGUAGAUCUGACCAUUUUGUAUUAUUGACUACUUUAAUGUCCUGUCUCUAGAACUAGAUUGAAUAGUACAGUUGCCUAGAGACCGAUUGAUCUCUCUCUCUCUAGUUUUUAUUUUUUACCAUCCUCCUGAAACUAUUGAUGGUUGCACCAGGGAAGAAGGUCCGUUCCUGCCUGCGAUUACCAUGGUAACUUGAGCCAUUUUUUUUUAUACUCAGAAGAGAGAAACUAUCACAACUGUUCUGUUCUGAUCAGCCCAUUCUCUCAAAACUCAAUGGCUUUGAGCCCACAAUGGGUCUGCAGGCUCUAUCACUGUAUAGCACCAAUUGUUGGGGAUUGGAGAAUGGAGCUGUCCUUCCCAGAGCAUAUUCUCAUCAUCAAUGUACUGGAAGCUUGUGAUUUCCUUUUUUCCUCUCUGUCAGUUCCCAUUUUUCCUAUUGUGUUUAUAUUUUGUAUUAUGAAAGUUUGACUUGUACAUUGGCCACCUGCUUUUGCUUUCUAGUCGGAGUUGAAACAGAUUUUGAGCACUUGGUUAUAGCUGGCAGCGGUUAUUUUUGAAUAAUCCAACCCCUCUGCUGAUAACUUUUCAUUGGAUUUGAUACACCGCCUGGGAUUUUUUUUAAAUGGCGCUAUAUAAAUGCCAGCUGUGGAGAUGUGUGUAGCAUCCAAUGUUAAUUUUCUUAACCCAACUCUAAUUGCCCCCAAAAAACAAAAAAUUGGGCCCUGCCUCAGAGCUGGCUUGCUGUGUUCUUCCAGUCUCCUGCAUGCCUAUCAUUGCUGUCUGUAACAUUUAAUGCCUGGAAAAAUGUGGCACUGAGUUGCACUCAAAAAGGCUUAUGCAAACCAAAAUGAUGUUGACUGAAGUGGUUAGUUCACAAUAGGUGACUUUGGAUGAUUUUCCCCUGGGAUAUUCUAUUACUGGGGAGAGGAGUGGGGUAAGGCAAGGAGGAACUGUGUUGUGAUUGCAAACACACUCCAUCCUUACUCAAUGAUGAGGUAGCAUUGUUACCCACCUAGGCUCCCACUACUUGGACAAGGAAAUAGAUAAACAACAAUCUGUGGAACUGCAUCCUUGAAACAGUCCAUGUGUGCAUGAGGAGGAGAAACAAAUGCAGCAAUUUAUUUUGACGGUUUUCUAACUUGCUGCCUUAGUAGUAAUUGUUUAUAAUUUUCUGUUUUUGUUUCUGAAGGGGUCCAAUUCAAACUUACAACAAAAGCUAAAUUACCAUCAUUUGACAGUGAGACUCUGACUGAACUGAAACAAUCAAUAUAUUCAAUUAAAUAUAUAUUUUAAAUGGUAAAGCAUAGUUUCGGUUUAGCUGGAGUGUACACAUGUUGUAAUCCAUGCUAUUGUCAGUGUAUCCUCGUCUAAUGGUGGUAAUUCCUGCUCCUGGACUGGAACUUGGAAGUUAGAAAUGCAAAUCUCAAUCUGACACCUGCUGCUGAUGCUAACUGAUGCUUCUUCUUUUCUCUGCAAUGGGGUAUGGGAACCUCACUUUCAUUUUUAUGUUAAUAUUUCUACUCCAAAGACAAUGUUAAAUGAUUCUCCUCCCCUGUAAUCUCACUGGAGAUUGUUAAUCUAUGAGUAUAGAGAAUUAUUUCUCUAUCACAAUAAGUUAUAUAUUCUCUGUGUAAGCAUCACUGGAUGCCAAUACAGAGGGGAAACUCUGACAUUUGUCUUAUGUUAGCUGUAAGAAAUUCUAGUGUUUCAAAAGCAACUUCUUGAGCUGAGGUCAGCCUUACAGCAUUGGUCAGGGAAAUUACCUUCAUGACUAUCUUUGCUUCUUAGAUCACUUGGACUAAAACUAUUGGAAGAAGCUAUUUACAUUCAAUAUAAGGGUAACAAAUGGAUCUAUAGGGCAAUUUAUUGUAACAGCUUGCUGUUUGCCUUUGUUUCUUCCAUCUAGCCAGUCUUUGUAGCUUUCAUCCAACUGCUACCAUUUAAAAUUUCCCAGUGUUUAAUCUCCUGCUCAGACUUCAUGUCUUCCUCUUUUGUAAAAUGCUCAGAUUUUUUUUUUAUAGGAGUAUAGGUGUAUGUUUGCCUACAAAUUUACACCUAUGUUUGGGGAUUAAGUUGGGGUGGGAGGUCAGAUUCAUUGUGAGCUAGUGUGUGAAGGGGAGUGGGAAGGGGUAAGAAUAUUCACUAUUCAUUUUCCACUUUGGUGCUUUGCGUUCUUGGUCCUAAUCUUGUGUUCACAGCUCCCUGUCCACACUGAAUAGGCAUGGAAUGUUUCCUGUUCCCUCUGCUGCCUGCAAGGAAUCUUUAUUUUCAGAUCAACUUUUUAUUAAUUGGAAGCUAGGGAUGGUUUGUACAUAUUUAAUAAGAUUUACAUCAAUGUAUUCCAAAUCAGCAAGCUAUAAGGUAAUACAAGAAAAUCAAGUAACUGACAGACCUGAGACAUUUUUAUUGAUAGAUUCAUUAUGUGUCGGCUUUGCCUGGUUUCGUCAAUAUUUGCAUUCAAGUCCUGCACCAAUAGAUCAUAGCUACGUCGGUACAGUAAGUAGAGUUUGGAGGUACCUACUUUUGGAGGGGAGGUUAAGCAGAGGCUAUCUUCAUAUUCAAAAGUUGUUUGUACCAACAUUCCUUGCUUAACUAUCACCACAAAAAGCAGAUUAAAUGGUCAAUCACCAUGCUCCAUGUGGAAUGAUGAAAAUGCAGUGGCACAGCAAAGGAUGUCUAUAAAUACAUCAUGCAGCAUUUCAACUCAACUGUUUUUGGGAUACUCAAAUUGGCAGCAUUGAGGAAAGCUACAAAGCAACUGGGAUUGGGAUUAAGAUCCCAGUUGCAUCAGCUGGCGGGAACACCAAGCUCCUGUCUCCCCAGCAGAAAAAUCAUACGCUUUCAGAGGAACUGAGUUAGCAUUCCGGCUCAUCUGAGAGAUGGAUCCACACUGUGCAGCCAGCAGUCAAUGUUUGGGGGUGUGCAUUAGGCUAACUCUCUCAACCAUUUUUCUUGACAUCUCUGUAGGAAAAGCAGCUGGCUUCAAUUCUAUACCUCCCCUUAAACUACUGUAUGCCUGUCACAGACAUUUCCAUGUGUUGUUUUUUUUAAGCAGCUGGUAACACUUAUUCUUUGUGGAGGAAAAUUCCAGCCCUGAUUAACUGAGGUUUAAACAGAAGAUUGUAAUAACUGACCUUUUAGUAUAAGUUUUUUUUUUAAAAUCAUGUAAGUUCUGCUAAGGAGUGGAAUUAUGCUUUUAUUUGAAAUAAAAAUUAGACAAGAUUAAAACCAGUCUGCUCAGGAUUUCCUAGGAUGAUUAUCAUUGUGACUGCUGUCUAAAAGCUGUGUAGCUGGGGGAGUGAAUGCUUCUAAAAACCCCACUAGAAAGUAGAAAAUCAAAACACCAGGUUAUAGAUCAACAAGUUUAUUUGGAAGCACUAGCUUUCAGACUUACCUAAUGAAGAAGUGAUCCAAAAGCUAGUGCUUCCAGAUAAACCUGUUGGACUAUAAUCCGGUGUUGUGUGAUGUUUAACUUUGUCCACCGCAGUCCAACACCGGUACCUCCAUAUCAUGCCUAGAAAAUAGCACAUUGAAUUAACAUGUUCCACAAUGCCGCUCCUUCAAAUUAUUUAGGGAACUGAAAAUUAAAGAAUCUCUGAAAUGCAUUCAUAAUUUAGUACUGCAAUAGCAAAGUACAUUAAUUACUCACGUGAGUCAGCAUCUGUGGAGAGACAAUCAGAACCCCUGAAAGGUUAUCAACCAGAAAUCAUCACUCCAUUUCUCUCUACACAGCUUAGCUUGAAUGGCUGGUUGAUUUGUGACAGUGAUGCCAAUAGGCAUGGUUUCAAAUUCUGUACCAUACCAUAAAGGUUCUGCCUUCUCAGCUGUGCUCCUCUCCUGCGGUGUGGUGACCUUCAGGUUAAACCACCACCAGUCAUCUCUAACAAAAAAGCAGCCAUAUGGCCUCUUGGACUAUAGUGAUUUUACUACUCUACAUCGAUACUGCCCAGGUUAUUUCCAGUAUUCUUGGUUUCUAGUUUAGGCAUAUCCAAUAUACUGUUCUAGAAAGCUGUAGCUCCAGGCAUAAAAACUUUGUAAGAGUCAGACACCCAUCAUCGUACCUAUUACAGUGCAGACUCCAUGACUUGUGACUGCAGUUACAGGUAGGCAGUGUAAUGCUUACCUUGGAAUCUGCUACUUCUCUCAACUAACAGGUAUUUGCAUUACCUAAACAACAGAAAAUACAGGAUUGUAACUGUAUACAUAGAGAAGUCCAAGAUUCACCCUGUAACUGUGAUCAGAGAAUUGGGGAAACACCAGUAUACAAACAAAAACUACGAAUGACAGUGUUGGCUUAGUUUUUAGAUUCCUGGUACUCAUGAUACUUUUUAAAAGAGAAAUCUGUAGUGAAGUCAUAACCUGGUUUUUAAUCGCCAGUCCACGAAUCAAGUAUGAUUUAGGAGAGAAAGAAGAAAUUGCCUAUAACCAGGUGCAAAUAUUAAAAAAAUGUGAAAUGUUUAAAUCUUAAUGUCCAUACAUCUUUAGACAUUUAUUAGCAAAAUGCAAACACCUCAACAACCAUCUUUGUACUGUACAGAUUGUGUGUAAACUACAGAUUAUAUUCCUGUCUGGUUGGACAACUGAACACGUCCAAAUGACUUGGUGCUAAAUGAGCUAUAUGAUAAUCCCAGCAGGUAUAUCGUCCAGGGUGUUAUCUACGUAAGGGCAGAAUUAGGGUAUGUUGCUUCCCUCCAUCAAGGAACCUAUAGUUGAGGAAUAAAAGGCAUAGCCCAUGACACCUCAAACUUGGCCCAGUAUAUCUGGGAAAACAAGCUCUAUGCAGACAAACUACAUGUAAUUUUUGUUGUUUUAAUUAGAACAAAACCUUCUGGAAUAGUAAUUUGGUAGUACAGAACUCUAGGAUUGUUGACAACUGUGUAUCACACAAGCCAAAAGAUGUUCAGCCCAUAUCACAAAUAAAUAAUGUGGUUUAUGAAUUUCAGUGCCAGGGUGAUGCUAGGUAUAUAGGCUAUAUGUCCAAAAGACUGGUGGAUUGUAUCAAAUAAUAUCAAAGAUAUUGAAUGUAUCCAAUCAACCUGUGCUUCUAGAACAUUAGAAGUGAUUCUGUGAUUGGACAACAACAAAUUGAGAAUAAUUACUUUAAAACCAAUUUAGGAUUUCAGUUGGGCCCACAUUGUAGUGCAGAUGAACCAACUGGAAGCUAAGUAUUAAUACACAGGACCCUGUUCUUUAUAGACAGAAAGUGUGCAUACACUACACCGUUUCAACUCAACAAAAUAGGUGACAAGUAGUUUCUUAAUUUCUCAGGGCAAUGCCUUAGAGUCAAACUGUCUGAUUUUAAAUUUAAGCAAGGUUGAAUGUUAACUGUCAGUCAUCAUCAAACUGGUGCAUUUCCAUGGUACCACCUCUACCAAUUAAAGUCCACUUACCAGCCAGUCAGCAAUCAUCUCAUACAUUAGUUUUUUUUCCCCAUUUCAAUUGGUAUUCCUGUAAAUGGUUGAGUUCAAAACAAAAAGCUUUGACAAAGUGUCUUUUACUACUAAAAGGGCAUCAUAUUUUGCAAGAUGGAUCAAAGCACUAUUGAACAGGUUCUGAUUGUUGAGGUUUAAAUAGAAAUCCACUUCAAUGGGUCUACUUUGGGAUUUUCUCUAGUCUAGCUUGCUUUGUGGUGCAGUGCAUCAUGGCAUAAGGCACCCUCCACACAGCAUCUGUGAUGCUUACAACAAUGGAAUAAUGAUCAAUGGAAUUUUAAAAAAAUUGUCUCAUGCUGUGUAUUUUUCUAUUUAAUGAAAUGUAAUGUGAUUCAUGCAAGUAUGCUUUUUUAUUUUACAAAAAGUUGGCAAUUGAACAUGUGUCCACCAUUAUUGCUUGCUGUGUACUAUUCCACAGAUGCAGUUUAGAUCGAUUAACUUGUGACUCACAUUAGCAUUUUUUUCAAGUUCUGUAGAGGUACCUUGUGAAUCUUUCGAAGUAACAUUAAGCUUUUUAGUUCCAGCAGAAAAUACUGCAUUACUUUCACAUUUUACAAAAAAAGGUGCUUUCUUGUACAUUGUUUCUGUUUUCUACUUUAAUGUUCAGAAAUGGCCAAAAAUCCUUUUCCAUUAUGUAAAUGUUUCAAUAUUAUUAUUAAAGUUCAAUUUAUCAUAUUAACCAACA